AUGGCGAUCCGCAAAGGCUUUAUGAAGAACUGGUUUGCUGUUGAGGCCGUCCCAAUCUACACAAUUGUCGGUGGGGUCGUUCUUGGUGCAAGCUGGUAUUUGUAUCGCUUGGCUAUGGGUCCUACUAUCCAAUGGACAAAAUCUAACCCGACCCCAUGGAACUCCAUUAAACCUAAUCAGAGCACCAAGAUCAUGACCGUUAACCAUGAUGCUGAAAAGUGGUCGAGAGACAAACUAUAG